AAACAGCGAGAUUCUGUGUGUUCUCUCUAAGUGCGUACUUAGCGUCAGAAGAGAGCCUCGGCAAACCCUAACAUUCUCCCUAACUCACUGGGGUUUAGAUUCACCCCAAUCUCCAAAAUGAGCAAGUUGGGUAGAGGCCAACGCGAGAAGAUGCAGCAGUUUAUGACAAUAACUGGAGCGAGUGAAAAAGUCUCUCUGCAGACUCUGAAGGCGAGUGAUUGGCAUCUUGAAGGAGCAUUUGACAUGUUCUACAGCCAGCCUCAGAUUCAAGCGCAUACUGAUUAUAGACAUUUGGAGAAAUUAUACAAUCGAUAUAAAGAUCCAAGUGCUGACAUGAUACUCGCUGAUGGUAUCAGUCUCCUCUGCACCGAUCUGAAGGUGGAUCCUCAAGAUAUAGUCAUGUUAGUUGUUUCCUGGCACAUGAAGGCAGCCACCAUGUGUGAAUUUACCAAGAAUGAGUUCGUCGAUGGAUUAGAAGCACUAGGGAUAGAUUCUCUGGAAAAGUUCCGCGAAAAGAUACCCUUUAUGCGAUCUGAGCUAAGAGAUGAACAGAAAUUUCGGGAGAUAUAUAAUUUUGCUUUUGGCUGGGCAAAAGAAAAGGGUCAGAAGUCAUUGGCAUUGGAUACUGCAAUUGGAAUGUGGCAAUUACUGUUUGCUGAAAAGCAGUGGCCAUAUGUUGAGCAUUGGUGUCAGUUCUUACAGGCUCGGCAUAACAAGGCAAUUUCUAGGGACACUUGGUCUCAACUACUAGAGUUUGCAAGGGCUGUUGAUUCAUCACUAUCAAAUUAUGAUGCGGAAGGUGCUUGGCCCUAUCUCAUUGACGAAUUUGUCGAGUACUUGAAGGAGAAUGGUGUAAUCAAAACUAGUUAGUAGUAAUUAGUUGCUUGAAUGCAGCCGAAGUCCAAUGGUCUGCUAGAGUGGUGAACUAUGAGUUGUGCUGCCUUGUGAUUUAUUCAGUUUGUCUGUAAAAAUAAGACGACCAAAAUAGAGAUAUCACCAUUAAUUCAAAUCUACAAUUAUUAUAGUUAAUUGGAUUGUUGAUAUGGAAUUUACAUUAUCUAGCACAAUGUUACUUUGUUCAGAAAUAUGUAGUGGAUUAUGUUUUUCA